ACUAUAACAGUGCUUUUAUUUCCGGUUACACCGUCUAAAUGUGAUGUGCAACUUGACAGGCAUAAAAAGCAGUGUAUAAGCUUUCAAAAUGAUACUAAUUGUGUGCUUUCUCUUGCUGUUUGUAUUCUUUGACAUCAGCUACUACAUACGUCAAAUCUUUCUCGUCGUUACGUCCCUUAUUAGGCGGAGAUCCUCGACAAGGCACCUGCUGGAAAGCAGCGAGAUCGAAGGUAUUGUCCUUACAAGCGACCUUGAUCUCCAAUUUCACAUGAACAAUGCACGUUAUUUACGUGAAUGUGAUUUGGGGCGUACGAAACUGUGGAUAGAAAAUAGAAUCAUUGGGAAGAUUGGUGUUGGAAAGAUGGUGAGGUUGACCAAUGCUGCACAAAGUGUCCGUUACCGCAAGUCCCUGCAGCUCUUUGACAGAUUCAAAGUUGUCAGCAAGGUUAUCUUUUGGGAUGAAAAGGCUUUUUAUUUGGAGCAACAAGUUUUACGACAAACAGAUAAUUUUGUAUGUGCUGUAAUUAUAUGCAAGCAGUCUGUGAUAGGAUGUUCCCCAGCUAGUCUAAUUCAGAAAUUAUCUGGACAUUCCACUAUUACCUCGCCUCCGAUGACUCUCGAACUCCAAACACUCAUGGAGUCAUGGCAACUCUCAAGUGAUCGACUAAAGAAGCAGUCUUAGGUUUCAUUACUUUAACAAUAGUAAACAACUGAACAUUUGUUUUUUGUUUUUUUUUUGUUUUUUUUUGUUGAAUUAAGAUAUCACAUUUGACUGGCCAUUAUGGUAUAUAAUUAAGUGUAUAUCAAGCUCAGAAUUUCAGACCAUUUGUUUAUAUCCUAAUUGAAAUAUCUAUGAUCAAAUACUCUUCAACUGGUCAGUCAGUGAUAAAAGAUUAGCUAUGUUUCCCAUGUGCACCUCUAUGGGUGGUAACAUAUUAGCUAUGAGAUGUUUCCUGUGUGUACCUCUAUGGGUGGUAACAGAUUAGCUAUGGGAUGUUUCCUGUGUGUACCUCUAUGGGUGGUAACAGAUUAGCUAUGGGAUGUUUCCAGUAUGUACCUCUAUGGGUGGUAACAGAUUAGCUAUGAGAUGUUUCCAGUGUGUACCUCUAUGGGUGGUAACAGAUUAGCUAUGAGAUGUUUCCAGUGUGUACCUCUAUGGGUGGUAACAUAUUAGCUAUGGGAUGUUUCCAGUGUGUACCUCUAUGGGUGGUAACAGAUUAGCUAUGAGAUGUUUCCUGUGUGCACCUCUAUGGGUGAUAACAGAUUAGCUAUAAGAUGUUUCUUAUUUAUACCUCUAUGGGUGGUAACAGAUUAGCUAUGGGAUGUUUCCAGUGUGUACCUCUAUGGGUGGUAACAGAUUAGCUAUGAGAUGUUUCCAGUAUGUACCUCUAUGGGUGGUAACAGAUUACCUAUGAGAUGUUUCCAGUGUGUACCUCUAUGGGUGGUAACAGAUUACCUAUGGGAUGUUUCCAGUGUGUACCUCUAUGGGUGGUAACAUAUUAGCUAUGAGAUGUUUCCUGUGUGUACCUCUAUGGGUGGUAACAGAUUAGCUAUGAGAUGUUUCCAGUGUGUACCUCUAUGGGUGGUAACAGAUUAGCUAUGAGAUGUUUCCAGUGUAUACCUCUAUGGGUGGUAACAGAUUAGCUGUGAGAUGUUUCCAGUGUGUACCUCUAUGGGUGGUAACAGAUUAGCUAUGGGAUGUUUCCUGUGUGUACCUCUAUGGGUGGUAACAUAUUAGCUAUGAGAUGUUUCCAGUGUGUACCUCUAUGGGUGGUAAGAGUUUAGCUAUGAGAUGUUUCCAGUGUGUACCUCUAUGGGUGGUAACAUAUUAGCUAUGCGAUGUUUCCAGUGUGGACCUCUAUGAGUGGUAACAGAUUAGCUGUGAGAUGUUUCCAGUGUGUACCUCUAUGGGUGGUAACAGAUUAGCUAUGAGAUGUUUUCUGUGUGUACCUCUAUGGGUGGUAACAGAUUAUCUAUGAGAUGUUUCCUGUGUGUACCUCUAUGGGUGGUAACAGAUUAGCUAUGAGAUGUUUCCAGUGUGUACCUCUAUUGGUGGUAACAGAUUAGCUAUGAGAUGUUUCCAGUGUGUACCUCUAUUGGUGGUAACAGAUUAGCUAUGGGAUGUUUCCAGUAUGUACCUCUAUGGGUGGUAACAUAUUAGCUAUGAGAUGUUUCCAGUGUGGACCUCUAUGAGUGGUAACAGAUUAGCUGUGAGAUGUUUCCAGUGUGUACCUCUAUGGGUGGUAACAGAUUAGCUAUGAGAUGUUUUCUGUGUGUACCUCUAUGGGUGGUAACAGAUUAUCUAUGAGAUGUUUCCUGUGUGUACCUCUAUGGGUGGUAACAGAUUAGCUAUGAGAUGUUUCCAGUGUGUACCUCUAUUGGUGGUAACAGAUUAGCUAUGAGAUGUUUCCAGUGUGUACCUCUAUGGGCUUGUUCCUCUACAGGUGUUACGUUGAUGUAUGUACAUGUAUAUGUACUGUAUACUGAAAACACAUUUCAGUGGGUUAGUGCUAUUUUAUAUUGAUUGUAUUUUGUACCAUAUGUUGAGAAUACAUUCCCACUUUAAUUGUUAUUUACUGAUGUGAUGUCGGGUUGAUUGGUGUUGAAAAUAUUAAAGUUGAUACCACAUG